GCGAGAAUUCCGCCAGCCACACCCUUGGAAAUUGUCAUGUGGCGCUCCCCAUCACUCACACAAGACUAAACAAGACCCGCGGUCACCAAGGCCAGACGAUUGUCCGCUUGCACUUCGAGGCAUUAUGGUUUCAUAAUCACCGCAAUUUCACGGCCGAUUCUGUUUAGACGAAAAGCGUUUGCGUGCAACGUCCGCAUAGCCCGCUGUCCGCAUUGAAUGGCUCCGUCGCUUCGCGCUAGUCGCGCAACGCUUGUAUGCCUUUCGCUGAAUCUGACGCUAUGCACGGUCUUCAAUGGUCGAUACUACACCGCUCCUUCGACUUCGUACCACACCGCACCCGUUAAUGUAGCCAGCUCGACUAAGCGUGGAGGCAGUAGCAAUAGUGGUGCAGAUACGGCGGGCCAGACAGCGGGGUUCGUGCUGCCAAGCUCGGCGCGCAGCUGCGAUGCAGAGGAACGGAGCUAUGCCGCUGCGGGUCUCCUGUCGUCUCUUGAAGAGCUGAGCUGGAGUCCCUGUCUGUGCGACUGGGAGGCGCGUUUGAUCGCGUCAGUGCCAGCUCAGCCUGUUCGUGAACGUCACGGUUAUCAGUCCCUGACCAUUCGGCCCGCCUGCGUUGCUCCAUUCAUCAGAAAAGCAACCAAACUGUACCGUCUGCAGCAGCCGCCAGUACCAGCACUUAACGACUCUUCCACUAGUGUCUUCACAGGCCGAGGGGGAAGAGAGAGGGGGGACAGCCGGGCACUGGAGGGCGUGCGGUGUGAGGAGAGCUCGGUGGGGCGGCUGAGGCAGCUGGAGAGCACCGAGCUCUGCGGCCUGCUGCUGCUCGGCGAUGGGCCUCCUGGCGUGGCGGCGAGGGCGCAGAGGGAUGGGAGCGAAGAGAGCAAGCGGGGAGAGGAGCAGGAGAAGAAGCGUGGGAUGGGAAGGAUGGGGGAAAGCAGCAAAGGGGCAAAGGCUGAAGAUGCUGCAAAGGGCAAAGGCCGGCGUGGGAAAGCUGGAAAGGAGCAGCAGCAGCAGGAUGGGGGGAGAGCGGAGGUGACAAGCAAGCAGCGUGAGAUGGUGAAGCAGGCGAACGAUGAGAUGGCACGAGGGCGAUAUAAGGAAGCUAUAGCGAUCUACAACAAGCUGGCCUCCAUUCCUUCACUGAGGGACCAAGUGCUUCUUGGUCGCGGCUCUUGCCUCAACGCCCUGGGGCAGCUUGACAAGGCACUGGCUGACCUCUCCACAGCUGUGGCGGCAUACCCCAUGCGCACGGACAUCCUCAUGGCCCGAGCCGGCACGUACUUCAAGAUGGGCAAGACUGUUGAGGCCAUAGUGGACUAUUCGCGGGUCAUUGACCUGGACCCAUCCAACGCUGAAGCUGUCAGGUGGCGAGCCAUCCUCUCGUUCAACCUCAAGUACUUCCUCGCAGCAGAGAAGGACUUUCAACAGGCCAUCCACCUCGACCCCUCUCUGCCCUUCGUCUUUCGCGGCCUUGGUCUGGCCAUAGGGGGCAGUGGGCGGUGGCGGGAGUCGCUGGCGGUGUUUGCGGAGGGAGUGAGGCGCCACCCCCAGGAUGCUGACCUGUGGCACACCAAGGGACGUGCGCACAAGGAGGUGGGCGACGUGGAACAGGCCAUCCAAGCGCUGCUGAGAGCGCUGCAGAUAAGAAAGUCUGUGGCGACCUAUCAGGAGCUCGUUGCUGUCAGCCGAUUCUUGGGUGACUACAGGGCCGCCGUACGCUAUGCGCGGGAGGGGCUGGAGCUGGACGGGGGUGACGUGGAGCUGGCACAUGCCCUGGCCAGCAGCCUGCAUGCCCUUGGCGACCACUCUCAAGCCAUGCUCAAGUACCAGGCAGCGCUGGCGCUGCAGCCCAGGGACAAGGAGGGGCAGGAUCUCCUCCACUCCAUGUUCUACCAGCGGGAGGCCCUGGCAUACACGGUGUCUCACCUGCAGCAGCCGCUCUCCGCCAUCCGCUUCGACCAACACUCCACCGCAGAAUUCAGAGAGGCAUGGACCAAGAAGGAUCCCCCAGCCACACUGCCAGGCUACCGACCCCUCUCAGUCGCUGCACACCAAUUACAGCGCGCCACGUUGCAGUCCCUGCCCAAGCUGCCCCGUGAAGCGUUGGAUCUGAUCAAAGCAGCGGACGAGAUCGGCAAGCGCGCCCACUACCACUGCGAUGCCUUUAUGGCCAACCGCCAGCAGCUGCGCAUGGCGGGGCUGGCCGCUCUGGAUGUGAUGCAGCAGGCAAGGGCGACGUGGGAUGCCAUGGAACGGGAGCAGCAGGGGGAGGAGGAGCAGCAGUUGGAGGAGGAGCAGCAGGGGGAGGAGGAGGCAGAGGGCGGUACGGCAGCUGCAGGUGAUGCGAUCACAAGUGAAGCAGAUGGAGGAGGAGGAGGAGGAGGAGGAAGAGGAGGAGGAGGAGAGGAGGGGACGAGCAGGGCCAAGCAGAGGCAACGGGGGAGUGACAGUCGGGGCACGGGCAGGGGGAAGAGCAGCCGCGGCAGCAAGGGGGCAGGCAGUGGGUUGCUGGGGGGUUGGAGGGACGUGUAUGACGUGAUCACGAGAUGGAGGCAGGUCGCCGAUCCAACGGAUGCUGUUCUCUGGAAGGACCAACUCAGAAAUCGCUUUGCGCAGGGCUUCCGGUCAACCACGCCAAUCAAGGUGUGGGACCUGCAGACUGUCAAGUACUACCCCAUUUUCAACAAGUCGUUUGAGGCGGUGCGGGGGGCGCUGCUGGAGUCGGAGCAGGCGUUUCAGGGCCAAUACCGCCCCUUCGCUGUGCCACGCAGCACACGCGGCGACCUCAUCGCCAGAGCGUCUGACCUGCAGGCCAUGCACCAGGCCGUGGGGAAGGACUUUCUCGUCCGCGCUCCCUGCUACAGCCAUGCCGUCCCAGGGAAGGAUCUGAUCGGGUCAGAGUUUGAAAUUCUCAAGACCACGCACUCCUUUGACUUCUACACGCACACGCCGGUCAGCCCCCAGCGGUGGCGCGACUUCGACCACGAGCUCGCUGCCGCGUGGCAGGCCCUGUGUGCGGCAGUGCUGGACGCACGGACAGAGGCAGCGGACCCCCGUCUGUACCGCCAGAGGAUUCAGCACUCCAUCCUCCGGCUGGGGUUCCAGCUGAUGCCGCUGACCCGCGGCUCUGCCAUGGCGGGGCUGGUCUCCAUCCUCGGCCUCUCCAUGGCUGCUGACAUGGAAACCACAACGCUCAUCCCACACGGGGUGCAGGUGGACUGGGAGGCUUUGCUGGUUUCUCGCCUUGAAGACUUCCAUGGCUCGAUUGCUCCGUGGCUCUUCUCUUCUACUCAAAGCUCGCCUUGGCACCUAGCCAGAGUUGAGGAUGUAUUACCAACCACGCACCAUGUGAUUGCAGCAUUGAGCUACGAAUCAUGAAUCACAUUCCCCUGCAAUGGUUUCCUGAGUCUUACGCAAUCAUAGAUGCAAGCCACCGAUGCAGUCCACGGGAAGAGCAAUCUGGUGGCUUCUCAAACAGACGAUGAGGUAGAGAAGUGGGUGGAGGGAGAGGCGAUUUAUUGUGAGCUCAGGGUUGGGUGGACAUAUGCUUCCUCAAGUACCAUACAAGAUAAGAUGCCACUCAUACCCCCAAAAUAACCACCCAAGUGAAACUUUGGUGAUGCUAAUGUUAUUUACCCUAAGGCUUGAAUAAAACAUCAAUGCAAAC